AUGGGCAAGCAACAAUGGAAUCCACUACUCCGUACCGGCAUGGGUGAAUACGCAAAAUACGCAAGUACGUGUACUUCCAUUGCUACGGCACCUGCCCAGCGUGUGUCAGUCAUCGAGCAGUCAGUCGGUCAGUCAUCACAGAUGCAGACAGAGACAGCAAAGCAUCGUCUUUUCAUCCACCCCGGAAAGAUCGACAUGAGACCUCGCAGAGACGGCGCCGAAGCUUACCAGCUUUUCGAUAGCAAAUCAUGA